UGUGGAUGCGUGUUGGACAUCCUGCGGCUUACCCCGGCGCCUACUUGACGCCCCGAGCUCUCCUCUCUCUCCCUGGUAACCCUAGUCCCCCAAAUCCCCUCUCCUCACUCAUAUCCGACGACCUGGAAGAGGCCAAACUCGCGGUCGUCGUCAUCGUCGUCGAUCCCGCGGCCACCGGCCUCCAUUCGUCGCGCCAAGACGUCGAGGAUCUCCGCCAUCGUCGUCUCCGUCGCCCUCGCCUUUCGGUUGGAGCUCGGAAGGACUGCUGCCUCGCCAUCGCACGGUCUUCUCCGCACGGCUGCCGCAUCUCGUCGACGAGCGCGGCGCGUCCAGCCACCCCUGCACCUUCCAACCAUGUCCAUGAGCUCCACCACUACGAGACCGACGCCGCUGCUACCCAGUACGACUACGGUGUUGACGACCCCUCUCUCUUGCCAGAGCAACCAGAUGGUGGAGCCCAGGAUCCAGACGCGACCUUCGACGACAACUGCUACUACACUGAGGGUGCCUACUACUACAUGGAGGCUGCCGACGACCAGGAGUAGUUAGGAGGCUCCCAGGCAGGAGGCCUUGCCUUUUCGAUCGAUGUUGCUUUUGUGUUAGCCUUCUUAAGGCAAAAAC